GAAUGUACCACACAGCCAGAAUUCAGAUGACCCUAAUGAGGAUUACUGUGCUGUUUGUCACUUUGGAUGGGACCUGUUAUGUUGCGACUCCUGCCCCAAAGUCUUCCAUUUAAAAUGCCAUGUUCCACACCUGACAGAAUUUCCCGGUCCUGAUAUUUCAUGGCAGUGCUUGUUAUGUCGUAGUGAGGAUGAGCUGAGGAUCACAGACAACAGCCCCAGGUAUGAGCUAACCGAGGGCACAAUGAAGAGAAAGGCUCCUGUAGGACUCAGUGACAAAGAACAGAAGAUUUGUGAGAGGAUCCUACUUGAACUGUUCUGUCAUGACCAGAGUAUUAACUUCCAUAAUCCAGUACAAGUAGAUAGAUCGGCACCAAACUACUACAAGAUUAUAUCACAACCAAUGGAUCUGGCCACCAUUAGAACUAAGUUGCGAAGAGGUCAUUUUAAUCAUUAUGAUAGUGUUGAAACCUUCAUUGAUGAUGUCAAGCUUAUUUUCAAAAAUUGUGCAACAUAUAAUAAACCUGACUCUAAAGUUGGUAAGAGUGGCAAAAAAGUUGAACAAUUCUUCAAUGGUCUUAUAAAAAAGUUGCUUCCAAACUAUGCCCAACGAGCCUCUACUCCAGCGCCAUCUCCAGGGGUAUCUGAUACUGAAUCGA